UCUUUUUAAAGUGUUGUUAUAUAAGUGUCUGGUAACUAGUACCUUCCGGGCAUGUGCAUGCCUUCAAGCACGUAGGAAACAACCUGUCACCAGUGAGCAGCGAGGCGUGGCUGUAGUGAGGGUGGAGGUGCCUCUGUCCUCGCCAUGUCUCUCACCGCGAUGAAGACAGUGCUGUGUUACGGGGUCGGGAUGGGGCUGCUGGCCCAGUAUAUCGCAGUCAUGUAUGUUUUUGUCCCCCCAAAUGGUCUCGGGCUGAGGACUGCGGAGCUUCUCGAGCCCAGCGUCUUGACCAAGAAGGCAACUUUUGGGAUGGCAUGAUUUUGGUUCCCGGAGUCCCAGUUUGGCGCCGCCCCGGGAGUCAUCAGGACCCGGGUUGGUUACGCUGGGGGCUCCAAACUCAACCCUACCUAUCGGAGCAUGGGAGACCACACUGAGACCGUUGAUGUGGACUACGACCCACAGGAAACUGACUAUUCUGCCCUUCUGAAAAUCUUCUGGAAGAAUCAUGAUCCUACCUCCAACUGCACUCGCCAGUAUAUGUCUGCCAUCUUUUAUCAUGAUGAGGAACAGAAACUCUCAGCUGAGAAGACUCUUGCAGCAGAGCAGAAAAGGUUCUCCGAACCCAUCAAGACCUCCAUCCUUCCCUUCAAGGAGUUCUAUGAAGCUGAGAACUACCAUCAGAAGUACCUGCUGCAGCGCCACCCAGCCCUCGUUAACGCUCUGGACGUAGACCCUGGAGAGGACCUUAUUAGGAGCCACGUUGCUGCUCGCAUUAAUGGAUACGUUGGUGGUUAUGGUACUGUGGCGAGAUUUGACAAAGAAUGGAAGACAUGGGGCAUCACUGAUAAAAUGGCUGAUUAUAUAAGAGAACAACUGACAUCAUCUUAGGGAACCUUAAUAAUUAAUUUGAGUGUUAUAUUUCUUCUAUUCACCUUAGCCCAUCAUGAAGACAGUUUUGGUAUUCCUCCUGGUAGGGUCUUUUGAGGGUUCUGAUGUGUCUUCACCACUAGUGUGUAUUAAAAUUGAAUAACAGAAGAAACUACAAGUGAUGUUAUGCAGUGCUUUAAGAUUGUUUCUCCAACAUUUACAAAUUUUGUUGGUUAUAUAAUUUGUAUAACUUAGUUUUCAGUAUUAAUUUAUGGUUGCACGUGUUUUAUGAGUCAAGCAGUGAAUGCCCCCAAGAUUAAAUUGACAAUGUCCUCAACUGCCCCCCAGCACUUCUGUUGCUGCUACACUCCCACGGACCGCAUUGGCUGUACAGGCAGCGCCACACGUGGUCACUCAGUGCACUGUCAAAGCAGUACUUUCCAUUGAAUUCAAGUUAUGUACUAGAGUGCAUCUGAGGCUGCCUCCAGGAUACAAGGCCUUGGUGCCGCCACUGCUCCAAGCCAACGACUGCACACACUUUACUCCUACCUGAUUUCCUGACUCUACUAUUUGACAUGGAGAAAAACUGAAAUCGGGCAGGAGUGAAGUGUGUGCAAUCAUCAGCUUGGUGCAACGGCGGCACCAUGGCCGUGUAUCCCUGAGACAGCCUCAGACGCACUCUAGUCUAUAACUUGAACUCUAUGGAAAGGACACCUUGGAGUUGAGUGGCCACAUGUGGCACUGCUUGUAUAGCCAAUAUGGUCCAUAGAAUAUUGUGUGUGCUUUUGGUGCCAUGCUGAUAGGGUGGUCAAGAAAGCUUGACUCUUUUGUGUGUCUGUAUAAACCAACCCCCAAAAGGGUGACUGCUCCAUGUCUGCUUCAGCAGGAAUGCAAGGUAAUUAUGUUUGUGGUACCAUGACCACAUACUCAAAGCCAUCCAUCAGCAAAAUAAUAUUGUUUAGCUUUUCUUACAAUUUAUGGCAUUUUAAAAUGUUAAAAUAACUAAAUAUUCUGGUUUGUAAUGAUUUG